GCAUACAGCGGCAUAGCUGCUCUGUCCCAUCCCAAUCCAAGAAAUUAAUCAACAGACCGCUAGGUGGAAGUUUUCCUCAGCUGAUUUGACGUAUAAAGAAGAAUCUGUUCCUGAGCCACUCCAGACCGCGAAAUGACAGUCAAGAGCUUUGCUGAAGGUCAAAGCAGCAUUCAUUUGGACAUUCCUCAGCUUCAGAAGGAAAAUGAAAGCACCAUUUCACCCGCCACAAUUUUUGAGCCACAAACUAGUGCUAGCAGCGAAAACUAUGUAUCUCCCACGCUGCCAGCUGUUUCAGCCCCGGAGAAAAAGCUGACUCUGUUUGCUCUCCACCUUGCAAUUCUUGAAAAAAUGGCCACUGGCCUGGGAACCCUUGGUUUCAUCUGGGCGACGGUUGUACUCCUGGGGGGCCUUGCCAGUACCCUAGACAAAACCGACUUCUGGUUCAUCACCAUCAUUUUAUUAAUUGAAGGAGCUAGAAUCUUCAGCAGGAGUCACGAGCUGGAAUGGCAACACCAGUCCACAUGGUCAAUAGCUGACGCAGGAAUUAGCAGCUUCCGAGCGCUCAGAUCGAGCUCUAGAGCUCUAGUUGAAUCCAUGAAGGAUAAGUUAAGCCCUGUAAGCUCUGCUACGAGGAAGCAAAGUCAACACAGCAGGAAUAUUUCCAAAACUACAGAUGCAACAAACAUUACAGACCAGAAAUUGAGAAGGAAGCCAACCCGGAUUUGGACUUCUUCCGAAGUUCCUAUUGUACCUUAUGCAGGGAGAGUUUUCCUUUCAAGAAACGUCAGCAAGAUUCUGUAUUGGCUUCAGCUCUUAUCUGCAAUAGCCUGCGUCGUGCUCUCAUUGAUGAAGCUCAUCAAGCGCAAUUUUGGUGACAUUGCUAAAAGAGACACUGACGAGAGUAACGGGAAGGCUGCUCUGGAUAUCUUUUAUGCCUUGGCUUUGGCAGAAGCUCUGGUUGUCCUGACAGAGAAACUUUACUGGGAGUGGAAGGUUGUCAUCUGUAAGCUUCUUGAAGGGGUGAAUGAGGAAUGCGAUCUGGGGGCUUCAGGUACGAACUCGACUUUGAGAUUUUUCUAUGACUCCUAUUCGAGAUGUAUCAAUGGGAGCAUUUUUGAUGGCCUGGGAAUGGAUAUGGUGACUUUUGCCAUGGAUCUCUUAUCUUCAAACUCGCCGCAAGAGCAGCUCAUAGGAGCCAGGAUUCUUCGCCAGUUUUCUACGAAAGAACGGUUUUCAGAUGACACGCUUCAGAAGAUGGGAACAACUCUGCCAGUUAUAGAGAGACUGGUGGAGAUCUUGAACUGGAAAGACCCACACGAGAAAGAAAUCAGGGUAUCAGCUGCAGAAAUAGUUUCCAAAUUAGCCGGGAAAAAGCAAAACUCCCUUCGGGUCGCUGGGAUACCCGCAGCAAUGGAAUCGAUAUCAUCUCUUCUACAGACAAACAGAAGCCUCAGUUCUACAGCAGACGAAAUUGGAGAAAGGAAAAUUGUCUUUGACCAUGAGGAUUAUGGACACUGGACUUUCAUUAAUUUGGGGCUACUCAUUCUCAAGAAACUUGCCCAUGAUCAUGAUAACUGUGGAAAAAUUGGAAACACAAGGGGCCUUCUUUCCAAAAUCAUAGAUUUCACUCAUGCUGACGAGAGAAUAUUGAAGGACUCAACUGUUACCACAUCGCAGGUUUUGACUGUUAAAAGAUCCCUAAAGGUUAUAAAGAUGCUGGCAAGCACGACAGGUACCACAGGGAAAAAUCUCCGUAGAGAGAUCUCAGAGAUAGUCUUCACCAUAAGCAACAUAAGAGAUAUUCUACAACACGGAGAGAAAAAACCAGAACUGCAGAAACUAGGGAUUGAGAUCCUUACCAGUUUAGCACAGGAUAAUGAGGCGACAGAGUGUAUAGGAGGGACUGGUGGAGUUCUGAAAGAACUGUUAAACAUUUUCUUCCAAGGAGUGCAGGAAGAACAAAGGGAUGUGAAGAUUGUGGCUGGAGAAGCUCUGGCAAUGCUGGUGUUUGAAAGCAAGAGCAACUGUCGUCGCAUCUUAAAGUUAAAUGUAGUGGAGAGGCUCCUAGAAGCAUUGGAGAUUCCGCUUCUUCAUGUCAAUGCUGGAAGAAUUUUGAGGAACCUGUGCACUUACAGUGGGCCAGAGUCCUUCAACCAGCUAAAGGGAGUAACAGCAGUGGCACCAACAGUUCUCAAGGCAAUCUUGUCAGGGGAAGGCAAAGUACAAGAGGUGAUGGUUGGGUUAGCGGUACAUGCUUUCAAGUUCAUGACAGCCGAAGAAUCGACCGCCUUGUUUCAGCGGGCGGGGUUUAGAGAAGCCAAAUUAGCUUGUGCUUUGGUCGAGAUCCUGAGGAGCCACCGGAACCCACAUGUAAAGGUGCCAAGAAUGAGAAGGUUUGCUAUCGAGCUGGCAAUUUGGAUGAUGAGAGAGAAAUCAACAAAUGUGCAGAUCUUCAGGGAUCUGGGCAUGGAGGAGGAGCUUGAAGGAGUCAUGGAUACGACAUCAGAGCUAGAGAGCUUCAAUAUUUUCUCUGGCACCAUUGGACUAAGCAGGCACAGCACAACCAUUCACUCACUUGUUGAGACUGCACUUAUGCUGCUGAAGAACAGGUUUGAUCAACCGAUAGGCUACUGAGCAAGUGAUGAUGUCAAAUUAUCCAAAAAAUGGGAAACAUGACAUUUCUUUCACUAAUUCCAGAAGCAAAUAAAUAAAGGUAAUUGCUUCUUUAGCAACUCCCUUUAAGUCCGAUGAAAUGCUUCUGAAAGUUAUAACCAUGUUUAUUUGUUUCACACGGAGUUUGUGUGUCGUGCAACGCACCACAUGUACUACUACCGUAAUAUAUGAAUAUGAAUACAUACACCCAAGCAAUUUUUGCUUUC